AUGCCUCCACGUUUCUUCCCUACGAAGCCUAGUACGCACCCACUGUGGUCAUCUUCCGAAUCAUAUAAAUUUAAUAUACUCACGCCUGACCAGGGCGAUGGUCUACCCAAUGAAUCCAGGUUCUCAGCCGUAAUGGGCCUGAGAUACUGUUAUAAUCGACCACUACCUCCCCGCGAUGCCUCCUCAGUUUACCUCGUGCUCAUGCUGAUUCUCGUGCUCAAGACAAGUCAGGUCUACUCAUCCAGAGUCUCUCAGGGGAGUCUUCGCUUCCGUGCGGUCUCUCUACGCCGGCACGCCUCCGCUCAAUUCAACAUCAUCGCCAAUGCGUCGGAGUUCAACUUGACCGAAUCAUCCUCUACAUAUUGCACCACGAAUCCCGAUCUCGCGACCGUCCAAUACACCUUCACCUACGGUGCUCUCGAGUUCGGGUUAUACUGCGCCAUCCCAGCGGCGGACAUCUCCUGCGGUGCGACCAUAAAGUUAUUCGACAUGGCAGAGCCGAUCAAGGAUGACUCGACGGUGCGAGGAUGUACGGUCGUGGACAUUAGUCCAGACGGGACGUUCCUCCUGUCGCCCACCGUAUUCGCGGGGACAUCAGGAAUCAGCGGCUCUGAAUUGUCUUUUACCGCGACAUAA